AUUAUUAGUGGUUCGUGGAUCCAGCUGCUUCAGCCUGAGCUCUCAUUGAGCUAUGAUGACCACAACGACCACACAGCACCACCAGCACCCCAUCAUGCCGCCAGCCAUGCGUCCCGGCUCCGUCCAGGAGAGUCCCGUUUCGCGUCCUCGCGCCGUCUACAGCAUCGAUCAGAUCUUGGGUAAUCAGCACCAGAUCAAGCGCAGUGAUACACCCAGCGAUGUGUUGAUUUCGCAUCCCCAUCAUGGCCAUGCCCAUCACAUCCAUCACUUGCACCACAACAACAGCCACAUGUUGCAGGAACAGCAGCACCAGCAACAGCAUCAGCAGCAGCAGCAGCACCAGCAGCCAGCCCAGGCCAAGCGCGAGGAUUCACCAACGAACACGGAGAGCGGUCUGGACGUGGACAACGAUGACGAGCUCUCAUCGAGCCUCAACAACGGCCAUGAUCUGAGCGACAUGGAGAGGCCGCGCAAAGUCCGUAGAUCUCGCACAACAUUUACGACCUUUCAAUUGCAUCAAUUGGAGCGGGCCUUUGAGAAGACCCAGUACCCGGACGUGUUCACAAGGGAGGAUCUGGCCAUGCGCCUGGAUUUGAGCGAGGCGCGCGUGCAGGUGUGGUUCCAGAACCGUCGGGCCAAAUGGCGCAAACGUGAGAAGUUUAUGAAUCAGGAUAAGGCCGGAUACCUCCUGCCCGAGCAAGGUCUGCCAGAGUUUCCGCUGGGCAUUCCCAUGCCGCCGCACGGCCUGCCCGGGCAUCCGGCCGGGCUGCCCGCCGAAUUCUGGCCCCCGCACUUUGCCCUGCACCAGCACUUCAAUCCGGCCGCCGGCCUCCUGCCCCAGCAUCUGAUGGCGCCCCACUACAAGCUGCCCAAUUUCCACACUCUGCUCUCCCAGUACAUGGGUCUGAGCAAUCUGAACGGCAUCUUUGGAGCCGGAGCCGCGGCUGCAGCAGCAGCGGCGGCCAGCGGAUCGGCAGCAGCGGCUGCGGCAGCUGCCGGCUACCCCCAGAACCUAUCGAUGCACGCGGGCCUGUCCACUGCCCAGGUGAGUCCGCCGUGCAGCAACAGCAGUCCGCGGGAGAGUCCCAAACCGCUCGUGCCUCAUCCCCACGCCACGCCACCCUCGGGUGGAGGCACCACCCUUAUCUCGGGUGGCCUGAUGCUCACUUCGACGGCAGCCCAGUCGCCCUGCAGUGCAGGUGGAGCGAGCAGCAACUCCUCGACCCCCGUGUCUGUGGUGACCAAAGGCGAGGACUAACUUCGCGGUGAUAUUUAGCCAUACGGAAACAGAAGGAUGCGGAAAAGCGAUCGCCAUGUACAUACACAUCACAUAUAAACACAUGCAUUGGGAGGGGACGGAUAUACCGCAUUGUAAGAUAUCUAAGAGCGUAGCCUAUUGCCAAAAUGAACUUAGUCCUAACAUGUACACACAUAUUGUUUAUCUGUAAGAGAUCUAAAAUUAUUAUUAGCCCCAGCAAGUGUCAUGCAAUUAGCCAUAAAGCCGAAAUCAAGAAAUUUAUCUGAGGAAAACAAAAAUAAACAAAGUGAAAACAAA